AUGACGCCAGACCCAGACCUAAGGCACGACGCCAGUGCCACACCUACGGGCAAGAUGCCAGACCCACACCUACAGCACGACACCAGUCCGACACCUAUAGCACGACACCAGACGCACACCUACGGCACGACACCAGACCCACACCUACAGCACGACGACAGACCCACACCUACGGCACGACGCCAGUGCCACACCUACGGGCAAGAUGCCAGACCCACACCUACAGCACGACACCAGACCCACACCUACAGCACGACGCCAGACCCACACCUACAGCAUGACACCAGACCCACACCUACGGCACGACACCAGACCCACACCUACAGCACGACGCCAGACCCACACCUACAGCACGACGCCAGACCCACACCUACGGCACGACGCCAGUGCCACACCUACGGGCAAGAUGCCAGACCCACACCUACAGCACGACACCAGUCCGACACCUAUAGCACGACACCAGACCCACACCUACAGCACGACGACAGACCCACACCUACAGCACGACACCAGACCCACACCUACGGCAUGACGCCAGACCCACACCUACGGCAUGACGCCAGACCCACACCUAAAGCACGACACCAGACCCACACCUACAGCACGACACCAGACCCACACCUACGGCACGACACCAGACCCACACCUACAGCACGACGCCAGACCCACACCUACAGCAUGACGCCAGACCCACACCUAAAGCACGACACCAGACCCACACCUACAGCACGACGCCAGACCCACACCUAA